GAAGUUACCUUGAUUUUACCUUUGACUUCGUUUCUGCUUUACCUUCGAGAUGGAUUCCAAUGAUGAACCCCAGGCAUCUACUUCAGGCUCUGCCUCUGCGUCCAGAGAGGCAGUGGCCUACUCUCUACCUUCGACGCCUUUUUAUUCCGUAGAGUAUCCUGGUCGCGUCAAACCUACUUCUGUUCCAGAGGCUAUUCGUAGCCUGGGGGGUCAGGCAAGCCUGGAUAGCGCAUUCAGACGCGCCGCAUCGAAAGCAGAAUCUCUUGUAGAGCUCAGUCUCAGGCCUGACAACCCAUUCUCUCAUCCCAUUCCGGGCGAAGUUGUAGCUUCCAAUGCCAUUCUAUUGAAGGUUGUCAAACGGAAGAAAAAGGAGAAAACAGAAGGCGCAGAGGAUGGCUUUAUUGGAGAAUAUACAACCGAAGCAGUCGGUGUCAUUCCCAAGACUAUAAGAUUUCGAAGUUUGGCUGACUACCAGUACCAACCCGAUGUUGAAGAUCCUAUGAGUAAACUCCGCAUGUCUAUGUCUUCCAUGGAUGUGGAAGCCAUUCGCGCAUACCGAUUUCCUGAAGAAAAGGCCGACUACAUGGUCCCAGCCAACCCUUCACCACCAUCUUCACAAACGCUACUACCACCUACAUCGACCUCGGAUCCCGACUUUGAAAUGAAUCUAGAUCCGCAACUACUGGAUGACCCGAAACCUGCGCCUGCUUCCGAUUCUGACAUGCGAAGCAACCUUCGCCUGUUCCCUCCACCAAUCUUCAGCAGACAAACUAUUCCUCAAGUAUACAACUACAAGGCAAACACCGCCUCCAUUGUCUCAACAACCGUCGACGAAGAGACUGGCGAGGAGAAGAAAAGACUCAUCAAUCGUAUGCGCUGGAAAGGCUAUGGACCUGCCACAAUAUCUUUCACUGACACAACUGUUCCCGACAAGCCACCUCAGAACGUUGAGGCUGUUCGCGCUCAAGUGGAUCAGAGAAUACUAGAAAAGCUUGAAGAGGCCAGGGAAAUCCACAAGUCAUUCGUUUUGUUCAUUCAUCAGCUGCUACUGCCUCUUGUUUGUUAUGUCUUCCAGGAUGGGCCAUGGCGCGAUACGUUGGUCAAGUUCAGUUACGACCCUCGCAAACACACGGAUGCCAGAUUAUUCCAGCGGUUGUACUUCAGGAAUGCCAACCACCCCAUUGCUAGGCCAUCAGUUGCUACGAGGCGUCAAGAUCGUUCGGCCACUAACGCCUUUCUGGAACAUGGCGUGGACAAAGAUCUCGAACGCAGUGAUCUGCGCGAGACUUGUGAUGAACGCGACGGAUGGCCGUGCUUCGGCAUAAAUUUCUUCUCCCUUCUCGACGGACAUAUUGCGACUGACGAAGAAUGUCGUAACCUACUCGCAGCCCACGAAGGUUCAACUAGCAGGACAGUUACGUCGUCUAGGAAUGCAAAAUUACGCUCUGGGAAGCACAAUAUGGCGAAGGGAGCCUUGAGACCAGAGGACGCUGCGGCGCUGCGGUUGAGAGCGACACUAGAUCGAAACGCAAAGAAUAUUCCGAUACAGCGUUAAGGGCAGCAGGUUCACCUCUCCAAACUCAAGCGGUUGGUAUGCAUAUGUUAGUAUGUUGGUGUAAAAGUCGUUCGCACGACGAACGGGUGUAGGCGAUAGCAACACUUCACACAGGAAUGA